AACUUUUGCAUUGGUUGCACCCAUCCCUCCCUUCCGACGGCUCGAAACGCCUGCGUGGUGCGCACCCCAGAAAUCAUGGCUUCCAUCCCAUGAACCAAAUUCCCAACUUUAGCCCAAAAGGAGCCCUCCCCUUCCCCAAUCCUCUCCGCCGCAUCUCCUCCUCCUCCGAUCCAAGACGACUCCUCUGAGAUCGUGCAAGAGAGCUCGACAACAGCUCGUUCCUCCGAUCCAAAUCUCUCCCAGCGACCAACUAUUGGCUUCAUUUGUUGUGGUUGUUUGAUGUGAUGCUAAAAGUCUAGGACUUGAGAGGGAAGAGGUAAAUAAUUGGUCUGCAUCCAACACUUGCACUAAAAUGGGUGGUGUAUUUGGGAAGAGUGAUUCGCUAAGAUGUAGUGCACCAGAAUCAAAACUUGAGGCAAAAAUGGUUGAAGCUAUGCAAAAGAGGGCAUCAGAAGGAUCUUCCAUGAAAUCAUUCAACAGCAUUAUUAUGAAAUUUUCAAAAAUUGAUGAGAGCUUAAGAAAUUGCAAAACCAUAUUUGAGCGAUUUGAUGAAGAUUCCAAUGGUGCAAUAGAUCCAGAAGAACUGAAGCGUUGCUUUCAGAAUUUGGAAAUCUCUGCUACAGAGGAGGAGAUCAAUGAUCUCUUCAAGGCAUGUGAUAUCAAUGAGAAUAUGGGAAUUAAAUUCAAUGAGUUUAUUGUUCUUCUAUGCCUUGUUUAUCUUCUCAAGGAACCAGCUGCUGCUCGAGUAAAAUCAAGUAUGGGAUUACCAAGCCUUGAGGCAACUUUUGAGACUCUGGUUGAUGCUUUUGUUUUCUUGGACAAGAACAAGGAUGGAUAUGUUAGCAAGAAUGAGAUGGUACAAGCCAUAAACGAGACAACUACAGGUGAACGCUCUUCAGGACGCAUAGCCAUGAAGAGAUUUGAAGAAAUGGACUGGGAUAAAAAUGGAAUGGUGACCUUCAAGGAGUUUCUUUUUGCUUUUACCUGUUGGGUGGGAAUUGAUGAUGCUGAGGAAGAAGAGGAUGAUGAAUGAAUUUUCUACUCUUCAGUUUUCAUCAGGUGCCUGCAAAUGGGGUUAUUGGGAAAAGCAGAACUGAUGAGCAGCAUUACCCCUGUGAUGCCAAUAUGUAUUUCUUUUGCAACAAUGGCAAGUGGGGACUAAGACAUUGAGAUCGGUUCAUCAAUUCCCCUGUUUGGCCUUGGCCAUAUUUCUAUUAAUAGGCAACAAAACUAAAAUUUUCAGUUACACGGUACGUGUUUGGAUGAAGCUUUAUUUUUUAUUCAUAUUCGACUGCCAAUUUAUUUAUUGCUCA